AUGGCUGCCGAGGCCAGUGCGGACGAGGAGGCCUCGGAAGACGAUACACUGGAGAGCGGUGCGCUUGUGAAGGAAGAUGUUGAGGAUAAGGACGAGCAUGAUGGAGAGACGGAAGGCAAGUUUGAAGGAUCCGUAUAA